AUGGAUUGGAACAUGAACAAGCACAAGCACGUGACUGUGGUUGCAGGGACGAAUGAAAAGGUAAAGUUAAGAAAAGAACUACACAUACAUGAAGAUGUUGCGAUUUCCAUUCUAUUAAAAUUGUGUAUUAAAUCUUUGAGGAGAUUUGAAUGUGUUUGCAAAUCAUGGUCCCUCUUGUUUGAUAAUCCUAAUUUCAUGACUUUGUACCGCAAUGUUUUCUUAACAAAGGAACUUCCUUAUUAUGAUCAUACAUCUCUUCUUCUACAUGGGGUGUUUACUCCUCCGGAAGUUCCCUAUGAAGAUGAAAUAUUUGAAUUGUAUUCUGUUUGUGGGGAUAGGUAUGAGAAUAAGGUUAAAUUAGAGUGGCCAAGGGUGAAAUAUGAUCAACCAAUAUCUGUAUAUACUCUUUUUAAACAAAAUGAGUAUAAUUAUGUUCCUAAUUUUAACAUUUUAGGUUCAGAUAGUGUUAAUGGGACCCUUUGUCUACUCCCACCAUUCCUACAGAAAACCCUUGUACUGUGGAAUCCAUCUAUUAAUGACUUUAAGGUCGUUCCACCUAGGUUUGUUAAUGAUGAUCAUUUUGCUCAUAUUCAUGUUGGGUUUGGUUAUGACCGUCAUACAGACGACUAUAAAGUGAUAUGUCAUGGACAAAUAUUUAGUAGGAAAAAUAUUUGGGAGAUAUAUAGUCUACGAACUAACUCUUGGAGAUUACUCAAUCUUAAUAUGCAUCACGCUUUUAUGGACAAACAGCAAUUGUACAUGGAUGGACUCUCUCAUUGGAUGUGCCUAGGUGAAACACCUUACGAAAGAUAUUUGUUGUCAUUUGACUGGAGCAAUGAAGUUUUCAUUACGACAUGGGUACCCUCAGACAUUGAUGACAACUUUGUGCCAUUAGUAAGGAAACACUUUGUGUUAUUGAAGGGCUCUAUUGCUUUGAUCUUAAAUUUCGAAGAGACGGCUACUUUUCACAUUUCAGUUUUGGGAGAAAUUAGUAUAAAGGAAUCAUGGACUAAAAUGUUUAUUAUAGGGCCCAUCCCUUGCCUUAGGUAUCCUAUUGGAGAGGGAAAGAAGGGUGAUAUGAUCUUCGUUAAAGAAGAUGGUGGACUGGUUUCGGUCAACUUAAAUACCCAAACGGCUGAGGAACUUGGUUUUAAAACAAAAAGAUUUUGUAAGAUACUAAAUCUUAGAGAAAACCUUCUUCCGUUUGAAGGGGAAGAGUAA